GGAAACGUUGGUGAUUUGCCAGUAGCAUUUGAAAUGAGCGGCAAUUGCUGCAGUGCUGCCCCAUGCGACUGAUAUCAAUAUUCCAAAUACGUCGAUUUUGCGGGCAGUUUUUAUUUGUGGGUUUGUGGGAUCAUGAAUAUAGAGUGUCAGGUGCCUAAUUGCAGUGUAGGCAUCUUCUCCAAGGGUGAAUCCUUCAAGAGGAUCUGCCAGAAACACUUCCAGUUCCUCCUGAACAAUGAUAUUCCAGAGAGUCAGGAAGUUCCUGACAUCAAUUCCGUGGACGACAUCAGGGAGGAUGUGGAGUAUCCCUACAGAAUCUUGAGGAAGGCUCUCAGUCUCUGUCUGGAGGAGAUUUCUAAGAAGACUCAGGAGUUAAGAAUAUUGAAGGAAGAUGACAAAUCCUGCUCAAUCUGUGCCAAGAAAUUCCAUCACAAGUACCGCCUGAAUUUCCACAUGAGGACUGUACAUGGGUCCACCAGGAAGUUCAUGUGCCAACACUGUGGGGCGACUUUUAAGCGUCUGGACGGACUCAGAGUCCACAUGAAGUGUCAUCAAACAGAGAAAUCCGCCCGGAAAGCAUCCAAAACCUUUCAGUGCGACAUCUGCCAGAAAUCCCUGUCCAGCAGCUCAAAUCUUCGUGGCCACGUCAAGAGCUUCCACACCAACGAACGUCCACAUCUCUGUCGUCUCUGCGGCAAAGCCUACGCCACCUCAGCCGCUCUGCGGACUCACGAGAAGUUCCACGCGAUGCCAUUCGCCUGUUCAGUGUGUGGAAAGAGCUUUCCGGACGCCUCGCGUUUCGAGGAGCAUCUCAACGGACAUCGCCAGGUGUUCCUCAAGUGUGCAGUGUGCGGCAAGAAGUACUCGCACAGGAACAGCUUCAGGAUUCACAUGAAGAUUCACGAGGUGGGCGCCGUGAAGGGGCACAAGUGUGACUUGUGCGGCGAGGGAUUCACGCUGACGUCGUACUUGAGGAAGCACGUGAAGAGAUGCAAGAAGAAAAUAAAGGAUCCAAUUCAGGAGGGUUAA